UCGAGAACCGGUUUUUUAUACUUCUAACUUUAAUAACCCAAUAGCCCAUAAGACACCCCAUUAAUGGGCCUAGAUAUUUUAAACCCCAAAAUAACCGUCUGCAACCACCGGCUGUACGGUCAAUCGGAGCAAUCCGCCAUGGAUUCACCACAACCGCCGCCACCACCACCACUACCGCCAUCGUCACUCCUCCACAACCUAAUCACCUUCGACACAAAACUCUCCCUCUCUAUCUACACUCUCACUCAACCGAUUUUCCCGCGUUUUUUCCUCAAACUCCUUGAAAUCUCCGGCGACGGCCGACUCUUCUUUCCGAUCAUCCUCUCCGUUCUCCUCUCUCCUCUACCGUCCACAUCUCCGAUCCUGUUCACCGUACUCGUUAACCUAUUAAUCGGAUCUGUUCUCGAUCUCAUAAUAAUCGGUACCGUUAAACACCUCGUUCGCCGGCACCGGCCGGUGUAUAACAAGCACAUGUUCCUCACGUUCGCGGUGGAUCACUGGUCGUUUCCUAGCGGUCACGCUUCUAGAGUUUGUUUUAUUGCUUCGGUGAUUUACUUUUCGUCGGAUUUGGUUUCGGAUAUUUUAGGUCAAUUGGAGGUUGAUUUGGUAGGGUUUGGGGGAUAUGAGAGUGUUAGGUGGUUGAAUUUUGGUGUUGUAGGUUGGGCGUGUGCUACGUCGGUUUCUAGGGUUUUGCUUGGCCGGCAUUUUGUGUUUGACGUUGCUGCUGGUGCUGGAUUGGGGGUUCUGAAUGCGCUUUUCGUGGUGAACGUUUUGAAUUGCAAAAUGUUUUUCUUGGUGUUUCAGUUCCUUGUUGUGGACCAGUUAUUUACACUCAUACAUACUGACAUAGGCACAUAUGUGGAUUUAUUUCAACUUUUCAAGGGGCAAUUGUGUAAAUAAGAAGUAUUUCUUUUGGUCAAACUUUGACAAGAAUUUUACAUUGUGAAAUUUAUUAGCCAAAGGUUAUGAAUUACCCAAUGCUUUUGACUCA